AUGGACGAACAUGGCAUCGCUGCUGCACUGCUACCAUUGGUCACAGCUUUCUGCAGAAAACUGGGCGCGGGCAUCACUCAAUUUGCCUACAGCUGUGUCCAGGAGCACUCAGUGUGGACAAACAUGCAGUUCUGGGAGGCCAUGUUCUACAGCGAUGUCCAAAGCCACAUCCGAGCACUUUACCUGGAGACAGCCGAGGAACAGCACAGCUAUGAUGAGGAGGAGGACAGUCGGCGGGAGCUCAGUGCUCUGGAGCUGGCCUCAGAACAGAGCCGCUUGUGGCCCACGCUCAACAAGGAACUACAGUGUGAGCGCAUGCAGAAGGAGGAGAGCACCGUGUUCAGCCAGGCCAUCCACUAUGCCAACCGCAUGAGCUACCUACUGCUGCCCUUGGACACCAGCAAGAACCGGCUUCUACGGAGCUCCGGGCUGGGGGAUGUGGAGAGUGUGAGCAACAGCUACGUCACAAACAGUAUUGCAGGCAGCAUGGCGGAGAGCUUUGAUACAGAGAGUGGCUUUGAGGACGCGGAGAGCUCAGACGUGGCCAACUCUGUAGUGAGAUUCAUAAACCGGUUUGUGGACAAAGUCUGUAAUGAGAGCGGAGUGACCAACGAGCACCUCAAGGCCCUUCACACCAUGAUUCCAGACAUAGUUCAGAUGCACAUCGAGACCCUGGACGCCGUGCACAGAGAGAGUAAACGUCUGCCUCCAAUCCAAAAGGUAAACACCUCGCUCUUCUUCCUCCCCACGGACCCCCAGCUGCUCACCCUCCGAAAGGCCCUCAGUGCUCCUGUGGCCCGUGCAGGUACGUGA